UCUCUCUCGUUUAGUUUGAGAUAAUUUGUUUCCUUCUGAAUUCAGGAACUUCAAAUUCCUUUGUCUAUUCUCCAGUCUGGAUUGAUGCCUUUUACUCUUAUUUUUUCCCUCCACUCUGGUGCCUAUUGUUUUUACUAAAAAGAUGGCUGUGCGGCUUUUUGAAGGCAAGGAUCAUGCAUCCUCUUACCUGCAGUACAGAGUGGCCCCACAUGAAAUGGUCAGCGUAAUAAUGAGCUACAUAGAGAAAAGGAAACCGAAGAGGUCCGAACUUGCUGUCGAUGUUGGCUGCGGUCCAGGGCAAGUGACUGUCCUCUUGGCACCAUACUUCAACAAGGUGGUCGGGACAGACGUCAGCCAGGCAAUGAUAGACAGGGCAUUGGCCAAAAGCAACCCACCAAACACUUCUUACAGACAGUCCCCUGCAGAGGAGUUACCAUUUACAGCUGGCGAGGUGGACCUUGUGACGGCCAUGACGGCGGCCCACUGGUUCGAUCGACCGCGGUUCCUCCAGGAGGCCGACAGGGUGCUCAGGCCUGGAGGCUGCCUUGCACUCCUGAGCUACACCAUGGACAUGAACCUUGAAUAUGGAGAUGUUUCGGACGCCCUUAAUGACAUCUGCCAGGAGUUCUACGCUGCCUUGCUGCCCUACAGAAGUUCUUAUUUAGGACCAAGCUCCAAGAAGCUCUACUUUGACAUGUUUAACUCUUGCUCUUACCUGGACAAGGAAUGGAAUGAGUCCUGCCAAGUAAGACGGACCCUUUCGGUCAGUGGGUUUAUAGGCAUGGUGGAAACUUUCUCUAACUACCAGCAGCUAAAACAAAAGGACCCAUCUGAAGCCGAACGUCUCUCAAAUAGCAUCCUGAACAAACUGCUGAGUGCCAUGAAUGCAUCCUCUCCCGACACAGAAGUGACGGUGAUAGUAAACUACUUUUACAUGCUGGCUUGCAAACCUUCUUCUGACUGA